UCUUACGUUUGAUUUGCGCCGUGACCCAGGGCCGGGGGGCGGGAGGGUGUAGAAACCUGCGGGUUUGAGAGGGGUUUGCACUGGGGAGUAGAGAGAGAAUACAGAAGGACGAGAGCUAAGAGAGCAUCCUGCCCUCAGCGGGUCCUGGCACCGCAGGCGCCCGCGGAGACUCGAGAGCGGGGAUUUAAUUGCGGGGAGAGGAAGAUUUGCCACGGAGAGGCGGGUGCGGGGGAAGUUCUCUGGGACCGUCCCCCCUUUUCAGGGGCAGCCCGCAGGGGAAGACAAGAGGUUUGGAAGAUGAGGCUAGGAGAGCCGCAGCAUCUGGGAAGGCGGUGAAAAGAAGCUCCCUGUAAACUGGAAGAAGCCUCCCCUUCCUAACAAAGGAGCGGCUUCCUCUUGGGAUACCGGGAGCGGCCCGCCUCGCUCCUCCUGGGCUCCACGGAGCUAAGGAACGAGCUCCCAGGGAACCUGGGAGACUUUCCUUGAACGUUGCCUUUCUCACCCAGACCCAAGCACAUCCUCUUCGAUGAUCCAAAAAUCUCGGGCCCCGCUACUCAAGACUCAAGAUGUUGGAGACAGAGUGGAAACCCUUAUGUUACAUCCUGCGAUAAAGGCCUUUCUAUGUGGUUCCAUCAGUGGGACCUGUUCAACUCUACUUUUUCAACCUCUGGACCUGCUUAAAACCCGACUGCAGACUCUCCAACCAGCACACCAUGGGUCAAAGCACAUUGGAAUGGUAUCAUUGUUAUAUAAUGUUGUUCGCACAGAGAGUCUGCUGGGACUUUGGAAAGGAAUGUCUCCAUCCAUUGCAAGAUGUGUCCCUGGAGUUGGGAUCUACUUCGGGACUCUCUACUACAUGAAGCAGUACUUUCUUCUGGGGCAGCCCCCUACAGCCCUGCAGUCUGUUGUGCUGGGCAUCAGCUCCCGGACUGUUGCAGGGGUCUGCAUGUUACCCAUCACUGUGGUCAAGACGAGGUAUGAGAGUGGGAGGUUUGGCUACGAGAGUAUCCAUGGUGCCUUGAAGAACAUCUAUCGCACUGAAGGGCACAAGGGCCUGUUCAGCGGGUUGACAGCCACGCUCCUGCGAGACGCCCCCUUUUCCGGGAUCUACCUGAUGUUUUACAACCAGACCAAAAAGGUUGCGAUGAAGGAUGAAUUGGACACGGCCCUUGUUCCCUUUCUGAACUUCAGUUGUGGGGUCUUUGCUGGCAUUCUGGCGUCAUUGACAACUCAGCCGGCAGAUGUUGUCAAAACACACAUGCAGCUGUCGCCAGAGAAGUUUCAGAGGAUUGACCAAACUGUCACAUUCAUCUUCAAAGAUUCUGGGCUAGUCGGCUUCUUCCGUGGUGGUGUUCCCCGUGCCCUCAGACGAACUCUGAUGGCAGCAAUGGCAUGGACAGUCUAUGAAGAAAUGAUGGCCAAGAUGGGUCUGAAGUCGUGAAAGGUCAGAAGGAGAAAGCAUGGAAUCAUCGGCCUUUCUCCACUGCCCUUUCCCCGUUGAAUUACGGUGCUGUCCAGUCCAGAGCUCCAGGCAGAAUUGAUUCACCUUCUGCAGGCCAGAUAGAAAGGAAAGAAAAUGGAAGUAUUUGACCAUUUGAAGCAUUCCAAGGGGCCCGUCUUGCCACUAAACUGACUUGGAGUUGGGGAUAGGGUGAAGGUUUUUGUGACAGAAUAGUCAGGCCCAUCUCCUCUGCCGAGGAGAAUUUCUUUGAAUUGCAAUGUUUAUUUAUUGAGGAUCUGAGAAGUGGACAAAAGACCCAAGCUGCAGCACAUUUUGGAUUUUGGCAAACUCUCAUACUUGUUCUGAAGGAUGGGCACAUCUGGUUUCCUAGUUGUUCCCUCUUAAGUCAAUUCACUUCUGUUUUGGCUUAGAAAGAACAUGUUAUUUCUGCCUAGACUCCAAGCUGCUUUGGUAUUUUCAGCAGCUAAGGUUGGGAUUUAUAAAAUCAAGCACUUUACCCUUCACAUUAUUGUUUAGACUACUUAGCUAGUAUUCUCCACUUGUCUUAGAAUUAUCCAGUUGCUCCUGGAAGGAGGGCAUCUUUCUAAUCUAGUUCUUGUAACGGAAACUGCCUUCUGACUCCCUUUCAAACUAGGAAAACUGUAUGUGUUCUGUACUGUGAAUUUGCCAAAGCACUAGACCCAAAGACCCUUUUCAAAAAGGGAGGUAUAGACACUCAGUAUUGUUCAUCUAGAAGCAUCUUAGGGAAGGCUUCUUGCCUGAAAUGCCCCAUCUUGCUCCGAGUGGAAGGCUUAGAGCUGCUUUCUGAGGUUUCGAUAAAGGCUUAACUCAGGUAGUUUCCCAAAAUUGGGGUGUUAAAGGGGACACAGACAACUGUUUCCUAAUUUUCUAUUGUGCUUCAUAUAUACCUCACCUUCAUGGAUAAUAAGUAUUUUGUUAGGAAGGGGGCAUGCAUUGUUUUGUGAAAUCCGAUAAUUUCAGGGUGUCACACAAGCCCUUAUAACUGUAUUCCUUCAUGUGUCAUGUCAUUAGGAGAGAACCCAGAUCCUGAGGAAUCUGAAAGGCAAGGGAGAUUUUGGUUUUUCAAUAAAAAACAGUUUGCUCUUAUGACAGCAUUUUUAAUUUUUCAAGUUGGGUGAAGUCAGAUUAAAGUGAUAUCAGAUAGGAUAUCCCAUGAUUCUAAUUUUGGCAAAUAUGAUGAGCCCACUGGGUCACUACAAGGUUACUGAAUUAUUGAUUACACUUUCCUCAGGCCUACAUUAAAGAUAGGUACCUCCUCUGAUCAGGUAAUUACUUAAUGGGCCUCCCCUUCCUUUUCACGAAGAACACCACAAUUUGCUUUGAAGCUAAUUUGACCUAGCUGAUUUUGGUGAAGUUCUUCAAGGCUUAUAUUCGAUAGUUUUAAACCCUUCUGGACUUAACCUGAGAAAGAAAGCUCUCUUAGAUUGGGGAAUCUGGUUUGUAUUUCUCCAAUGUGUGUGUUUUCAAAGCUGGUAAAAUGUAACUGAGUAAAUUCAGUCUUAACUCCUUAUGUUGCUCAUCUUUUUGGCAUUACAUCAAAAUCUGAUAGAAAUGAGAGAAAUAGGAAAUGUUAAAGGUUUAUAGACCCCAUGGGAAAGAGCUACCACUAGGCAGGUGGCAAGGUCUCUGUUUCUGUUUCUCCUUCCUCUUAUCCACAAAACCUUAGUUAGGAGAAACAAAGCUCAUGUUGCAAAGCCGAUUACUUGGCUAUUGAAAUUAAUAAAAAUUUUAUUCUUGGAAGUGAUUCAUCUCUUCCUUUUAUAAGACUCAGUGAGAUCAGGAAGUCAGUAAGUUUUAAGAAUAGUGUGGGGUCUUUUUUUGUUUUUGUUUUUAAUAAAACAUCUAUUUUUGAAAGUCUUACCAGGUUAAGAAAGAGAAGAAAUUGACUUUUAAACAUUACCAAUGCCCCCAGUAUAUAAGUGGCACUAUAGAAAUAGCUAGGAUUCAGCAUUUCAAGAACUUGGAAACCCUGACAAGAUGAUGGAUAUGCCUGCUUUUCCCAGGGCUUCAUCCUAUUUUAGGGAUUAUUGACCCAAAUUAUACCUCUCAUCAAAGACUUUAGGGGAACUGCCAGUGAGAACUACUCUCAUCAGGAUUUUAAAGAGAAGGGAAUUAGGGGAUCAUUUUACAAAUUAAAUACCUUUUUGUAGAUAAAAUGGUGACAUUUGCCAAUCAGAAAGAAUUUCCCUAAAUGAGUUUGGGUAUUCCAGGCCAAAUCAUCAGAAAGUGAGAUUUUCAUUUCUAAGCCUCUGCUCACAUUGGAUGAGUUGAUUUGCCUUAAGGAGACAUCUUGGACAUAUGGGUUUGUACGGAGGUCCGUCCAAGAGCUGCCACAUUCCCCCCUCAAUUCCCUUGUAUCUUAGCACGAAAAUUUUGAGGGAGGAAAUGGGUGCAGGAGAGGAAAACUAGAAACUUCAUUUUUAACGUGCUGGUAUAUCUGGCAGAAACAUUUGAACUUGUUGGUAGACAUAAGAAAAGAGCUAUUAAUGAUUUAGGUGGCUGAGCUAUAGGCUUCAUGUCAAACUAACCUAGUCUUGUGCAUUUUGACUACUUUGAGAUCUGGGGAGGAAUCACAGGGAGAGGUAGGUAGGAUGGCUAACAGUCCCCAGUAGUAUUAAGUGGGGUUUACUUCUCACCCCAGGAGGCCUUUGUGUAGCCUUUUCUUUGGGGUGCAUGCCUUUCCCUGCGCCCUGGUAGCCACCCUUGGGCUCUGGCUACUGGAGAUCCUCUGAGCAAGACAGGCCAGAAGAAGAGCUCAGCCUCACUGGUAGACACUCCAGCUCUAGGUGUACCUGACUUCUUUCUUGAAGUGGGAAUUUUGCUCGUAAUGCAUCUCCUCAGUGUGAUUGGAAAUGAUGUGUACAAACAACUAUAUGUUCAGAUUUUUGAAGUUGUUUUUUUCUGAUAGCCUUGUGGCUCAUCUCAGCGUGGUGGGAGUAGGACUGGGGUUGGCGAAGUGGUCCAACAUUUUACAAACACUUUUCAUUUACUUCCCAGUGUUCAUAUGGGUCCAGGGUCAACACAGGAUGCCAGAAACAAGCCCUGAAAUACCUGGCAGUAGGACUCAACAGUCUUGCUUUGGAUCGAGAAGCCAGCCCAAAUAUUUAGGAAUCAGAUUUGGUUUUUUUCAGCUUUUCAGGGAGGAAAAAAAAACAGUAGGAAAAGUGGCGUGAUGCUACAACUCCAUGAUCUGACCUCUUGGUCUUGUCCAGCCCUUUCCUUGGAGGUCAGGCCUAAACUUGAACGGGGAGGCUGAGAAGCCCAAGGAGCUUGCUGAUGUGUUACAGUAUGUAGUGUGAGUGAGUUUUUUUAAUGUUAUCACUAAUAAUAUGAAAACAUAAGUAAGCAGGGGGAAUGAAGUAUGCAUCUGUGAUUGUGUAAGAUUGCUCGGAAUAUCUUUAGGCACCAUGAUGAGAUUGCUAAGCACUUAGGCAGCCAGGCUCCUAAUUUGGCCAGCUCAACAGAACAGCAUAGUCUGUUACUGGAAUAGACAUAUCUUGUUCCUUACUAUCAGGUUUUUGUUUGUUUGGUGAGGCAAUUGGGGUUAAGUGACUUGCCCAGGGUCACACAGCUAGUAAGUGUCAAGUGUCUGAGGCUGGAUUUGAACUCAGGUCCUCCUGAAUCCAGGGCCAGUGCUCUAUCCAUUGCGCCACCUAGCUGCCCCCCUUAUCAUCAGUUUUAAUGCCACACUAGUAUUAUGUUCAUCAGAAGAAAAGUGUUUCAACUUCCAUAGAAUUUUGAAGUACUACUAAAGGAUGUGAUUUAGGCUGCUUCUCACAGAUUUCAAUAGCAUUUGUUUCCAUACUGGCCGUCCAUGGCCAGCCUCAGCACUCAGGAGAAGUUCAGAUUUUAACAAGCAAGUAGAAGGAAGAAUUUGUCCUUUGAAAGAAAGCUGUUUGAUACGGCCUAGUUUGCUUUGAAAUUAAUAAGCAAAAUACUUGAAAAGGCAAGUUAGAGCUAACAUAAAUUUUAGUUUUUCCUGGACAAUAUAUACUCAGAGCUACACACAAAUGCCUGAGCAUCUAAGAAUAAAAUGCUGGCAUUAUCAGAAAGGACCAUAGUUUAUCCUCUGACUUGAACUAUAUGGGGUGUGUGUAUGCAGCCACUUAGGGGCAUGGGUGUGUGUUUGAGGAGGUUACAGAAAAUAAGUGCACAGGUGCCUAUAUUGUUUUUCAAAACUUUUUUUUUUAAUUGUAGAAAUAAAAGCUUGUGAACUGUUGGAAAAACAUAUGUUAAAUGGUAACAUUAAAAAAUGGCACCUGUUUUCAAAAUAGAAAACAUGUUGAAGUUAAAUGUAAAAUUGACUUUAGUUCUUGAUCUCUUUCUGGUUUUGAAUAAAUAUACCUUUUUAUUAGCAA